AUGGACGGUGAAGAGCUCACCGAGCAGGAAACUGCUCUGUACGACCGGCAGAUUAGGGUUUGGGGCGCUGGUGCUCAAAGAAGAUUGAGUAAAUCUCAUGUAUUGGUAUCUGGAAUCAAAGGGACUGUUGCAGAGUUUUGCAAGAACAUUGUGUUGGCAGGAGUUGGAAGUGUGACUCUGUUGGAUAAUCGGUUGGUGACUACGGAAGCCUUGAACGCAAACUUCUUGAUUCGUCCUAAUGGAAAUGCUCAUAUAGGCAAAACCGUAGCCGAGAUUUGUUGUGAUUCACUCAAGGAAUUUAACCCUAUGGUCCAUGUUUCAGUAGCCAAAGGUGAUCUGUCAACACUUGACAUUGAUUUUUUCAACAAGUUUGAUGUUGUGGUUGUCGGGUACAGUUCUCGUGCUACUAAGAAAGCAGUGAAUGAGAAAUGUAGGAAGCUAACUAAACGUGUGGCGUUCUAUACCGUUGACUGUAGAAGCUCGUGUGGUGAAAUCUUUGUCGACCUGCAGGAUUAUAAGUACGCAAAGAAAAAGCUUGAUGAAACAGUGGAAUGCGAGCUAACAUAUACAAGCUUUGAGGAGGCAGUUUCUGUACCAUGGAAACUGAUUCCAAGGAGAACAGCGAAGCUCUACUUUGCAAUGAGAGUGAUAGAACUAUUUGAGGAAACAGAAGGGCGUAAACCCGGAGACUGUUCGCUGUCUGAUCUCCCAGGAGUCUUGAAACUCAAAAAGCAACUCUGUGAGGGAAAUUCGGUUAACGAGAAUCAUAUACCGGAUAGCCUCUUGGAGAGACUCGUCUCUGAUAACACAGAAUUCCCACCGGCUUGUGCCAUCAUUGGAGGGAUUCUUGGACAGGAGGUGAUAAAAGCGAUAUCAGGGAAAGGAGAGCCGUUGAAGAACUUCUUCUACUUUGAUGCAGAGGAUGGUAAAGGUGUAAUCGAAGACAUAUCCAAGCCUUAG